AUACUAAGAUCUCGUGCAGAGCUGGUGGGAGGGGCUUGGUUUUCUGUCUUAAGGUUAGGGUGGUCUCUUCAUCCCAGGAGACCUUGCUCUUCCACGUUUUAGAGUUCGCUUUUCCCCUUGCUGAAUUCAUAAAAGUGUUUUUAAUUCGUAUGUUUCAUCUUGUAGGAAGAAGAAAUUGUCUAGACGAAUAACAUGAGAUCAUAUAGAAUCCCACUUUUGGUGCUUUCAAGCCAAGAAAGUAAAAGCAAACCAAAGCGAUCUUUCACAUUAAAUAUUCUGUGUUUUAUUGGUCAGAACACCCAGUUUUUAUAAUAUUUAUGAUGUCAGAAGGGAAACCUUCUGACAGAAAAAAGCCUCGUAGAAGCUUAUCAAUCAGCAAGAAUAAGAAAAAAGCAUCUAAUUCUAUUAUUUCGUGUUUUAGCAAUGCACCACCUGCCAAACUUGCCUGCCCCGUUUGCAGUAAAAUGGUGCCUAGGUAUGACUUAAACCGGCACCUUGAUGAAAUGUGUGCUAACAAUGACGUCGUUUUAGUUGAUCCAGGGCAAGUUGGCUUAAUAAAUUCUAGUGUGCCUACGGUAGAUUUAACCAGUGUUACUUUAGAAGAUGUAACGUCAGAGAAGUCACCACCACCAAAGACAAAUUUAACUGCUGGCCAAAGUGAUUCAGCAAAAAUGGAACAGAAGUCCAGUCCCUACUUUAAAAGUAAUGAUGACUUGGUGUGCAAAAAUCAAGAUGAACUGAGAAAUCGUAGUGUGAAAGUCAUUUCUUUGGGAAGCCUAGCAUCUAAAUUGUCCAGAAAAUACAUAAGGGCUAAAAAAUCAAUAGAUAAGGAUGAAAAAUUUGCCGGUUCUAGUCCACAGAAUUCCAAAUCCACGGUCAUUCAGAGCCUGGUUGAUAACUCUUCAGAAACUGAGGACAAGGAUCAAAUUUUGGAGAACAGUUCUCAAAAAGAAAACAUGUUUAUAUGUGAUUCUCUAAAGGAAGAGUGUAUUCCCGAACGCAUGGUAAGAGGAAAUAAAAUAAUGGAAGCCGAAAGCCAAAAGGCUACCCAGGAAUGUGAGAAAUCAGCCCUCACCCCUGGCUUCUCAGGUAAUGCGCUCAUGUUAUUUUCACCAGAUUUCACUCUUGGGAAUACAUUAACAUCUACUUCAGAGGACAGUCUUGUAAAGCAAGAGUGUAUCACAGGAGUGGUUGGACAAUGUGAAGCAUGUAGUUGUGAAGAAGUAAAAAUGACUAUUGCCUCAGAAGCUAAAAUACAGCUCUCAGAUUCAGAGGCAAAAUCUCAGAGUUCUGCAGAUGAUGUUUCUGCAUGGAGUAACAUCCAAGAGGCUCCUCGGCAGGGUGACAGUGGCUUAGAUAGUGAUAUCUCUCGUAGCAUUCCUUUGGAGCAGGGGUCAAGCUGCAAUGGUCCUGAUCAAACAACCAGUCAUCCUUACUACCUUCGGAGUUUCCUUGUGGUGCUGAAAACCGUACUUGAGAAUGAAGAUGAUAUGAUGCUCUUUGAUGAGCAGGAGAAGGGAAUUAUAACUAAAUUUUAUCAGUUAUCAGCUACUGGUCAGAAGUUAUAUGUAAGGCUCUUUCAACGUAAAUUAAGCUGGAUUAAGAUGACUAAAUUAGAAUACGAAGAGAUUGCCUCAGACUUAACACCUGUGGUUGAAGAAUUGAAGCAUGCAGGCUUUCUACAGACAGAAUCUGAGUUGCAAGAACUCUCUGAAGUGCUUGAACUCCUUUCUGCUCCUGAACUAAAAUCCCUGGCCAAGACCUUCCACUUGGUGAAUCCCAAUGGACAGAAACAGCAGCUGGUGGACAGCUUUCUCAGAUUGGCCAAACAGCGUUCAGUCUGCACUUGGGGCAAGAAUACGCCUGGAAUUGGUGCAGUGAUUUUAAAAAGAGCUAAAGCCUUGGCUGGACAGUCAGUACGAAUCUGUAAAGGCCCCAGGGCUGUGUUUUCCCGGAUCUUGCUGCUGUUUUCACUGACUGACUCAAUGGAAGAUGAAGAUGCCGCUUGUGGAGGUCAGGGACAGCUUUCAACGGUCCUGUUGGUCAACCUCGGCCGAAUGGAGUUUCCUAGUUACACCAUCAAUCGGAAAACCCAAAUUUUCCAAGACAGAGAUGAUCUUAUUAGAUAUGCAGCAGCCGUGCACAUGCUGAGUGACAUUUCUUCCGCAAUGGCCAACGGGAACUGGGAAGAAGCUAAGGAGCUCGCUCAGUGUGCAAAAAGGGAUUGGAACAGACUGAAAAACCACCCUUCUCUGAGAUGGCACGAAGAUUUACCACUCUUUCUGCGGUGUUUUACUGUUGGAUGGAUUUAUACAAAGAUUUUGUCUCGGUCUGUGGAAAUACUGCAGAGACUUCACAUGUAUGAGGGCCAGACGGCAGGGACCCAGUUGAAAAGUAGGGAUGCCUCAAGGAACUCAUGCCCACUCCAGAAGGAAGCCGUCAGGGAACUUGAAAGCCUUUUGUCUCAGAGAAUUUAUUGUCCUGACAGCAGAGGCCGAUGGUGGGAUCGACUGGCUCUUAACCUACACCAGCACUUGAAACGCCUGGAACCGGCUAUCAAGUGCAUCACAGAGGGGCUGGCAGAUCCGGAAGUCAGAACGGGACACCGCCUUUCCCUGUAUCAGCGAGCCGUGCGCCUGCGAGAGUCUCCGAGCUGUAAAAAGUACAAACACCUCUUGCAGCAGCUCCCGGAAAUGGCUGUGCAAGAUGUGAAACACGUGACCAUCACGGGCAGGCUGUGCCCGCAGCCUGGGAUGGGCAAGUCUGUGUUUGUGAUGGAGGCUGGGGAGACUGCUGCCCCCACCACAGUCCUGUGCUCCGUGGAGGAGCUGGCACUGGCCUAUUACAGACGAAACGGCUUUGACCAGGGAAUUCAUGGUGAAGGCUCUACCUUCAGCACCCUGUAUGGCCUCCUCCUGUGGGACAUCAUCUUCAUGGACGGGAUUCCGGAUGUCUUCAGAAAUGCCUGUCAGGCUUUCCCCCUGGACUUGUGCACAGACAGCUUCUUCACAAGCAGAGGCCCAGCCCUUGAGGCCAGGCUGCAGCUGAUUCACAAUGCCUCCGUUGAGAGCCUGCGGGCCUGGGUGGCAGCCACGUGGCAGGACCAAGAAGGCAGAGUGGCUUCCCUCGUCAGCUGGGAUCGCUUCACGUCUCUUGAACAAGCUCAGGAUCUCGUCUCCUGCCUGGGGGGCCCUGUGCUCAGUGGUGUGUGCAGGCGCCUGGCUGCUGACUUUCGACACUGCCGAGGGGGCCUCCCUGACCUGGUGGUGUGGAAUACCCCGAGCCAUCGCUGUAAGCUGGUGGAAGUUAAAGGCCCCAGUGAUCGCCUUUCACAUAAGCAGAUGAUCUGGUUGGAUGAGCUGCAGAAGCUGGGAGCUGAAGUAGAAGUCUGCCAUGUGGUUGCAGUUGGAGCAAAGAGCCAAAGCCUUAGCUAAAAGCUAUGGAAUUGGGGAUAUUUGGUCAUACACUGAUAGGGCAAGGAGAAACGUCCCAUGGAUGACACAGAAGUAUGGAAUGGAGAAGAUACCUUCACAUCUUCCAUCACCGUGUUCCUGUAGAUGAUUUCAUACUGACAACGACAAACAGUUGCUGUGGAAAUUUUAUUAAGCAAUCAAAACUUCCUUCACAUUCAUUACUUUUAAACAAGAAAAUCUCACAUCUUCCUGCUCAUCCCACUUGAACUCAAGUCAUCAAUUUUAGGCACUAAGGUUUUAGUUUUCUCUGGAAAUAAAGUUUUAAUCACUUGAGGUUACUACUGCAGCAAGCAGAUUUUGCUGACGGAUGCGAACAGCUUUCACCCUCUGUUAGUACAAAUUAAUAUCCUUUCCUUAAAUAAAGUUAGACAUUUUUCAUUUCAAAA